CCGCCGCUCUGCCAAAAAGUGAAACCAAAUCCGAGCAGCAGGUCACACAGCCCAGUUAUUUUAAAACCACUACGACAGGACCAUGGAAGUACGUGGUACGGGCGGUUUAUAGAAACAGCCGUCGCCCCCACAGAAACAGAGUGAAACAAUGAGGGAGCGCCACGGUACUCGUUUAACGUGUAUUGUUAUUGUUGUUCGGCCGCUCGUGCGUCUCCAAUGUCUCUUCCCGUAGUCCUGCCUGGGUCUUGUUGUCGUUUAUCGGGGGCUGCUUUGGCCCAUCAGCUCGCAGACGCACCUUACAGAACUCGCAGCCGUUGUGUGUCUGCUCUUUCGUCCCGCAUGUCUGGACCUCAGACCCGACUUAGUCCGGCGGUGCUGCCCGCUCGCCCUCUGCUCUCCCUCGGCUUGCUGCAGUUGGUUCUCGGCUGCUCCAUGGUGGCGCUCUCUUUCGGGGCUCUGUCCCUUAGCAACUCGCCCCCUAUUAGAAACUCCUGUCCGUUUUGGGCCGGAUCUUCUGUCAUCCUAUCUGGGAUUAUAGGACUAACCACAUGGAAAAGGCCAAUGCUUCUGCUGGUAAAUCUGUUUGUGUUGCUGUCAGUGGUAUGUAUCCUGCUAAACUUGGCCGGGUUCAUCCUCUGCUGUCAGGGGGUUCAGCUGGUCUCCAGUACCAUUAACUGCCAGCUGAGUGAGCAGGGGGAUCUCUGUUACUGUUGUUCAGAGACUCCAAGUGCUCAGUGCCAGGAGGAGAAACUGAUAAAGAUCUACGCAGGUCACGCAUGUGGUACAAUGAGAAUCCUGCUCAAAAAAGUGCUCUUUGCAUUGUGUGCAUUGAAUGCUUUGGCAACAGCUGUGUGUCUGGUUGCUGCUGCGCUCAGGUAUAUGCAGAUCUUCUCAACCAGACGACCAUGCAUGGAAGAGGCCAGACCUGUUCCAGAGGAAGUGGAGGAGCAGACUCAUCUUCCAGACCCUGACGAAUUUGUUGCUCCUGCACCCCCUCCUUCAUACUUCUCUACCUUCUACUCUUAUACUCCUCACCUGGCUCGCAGGAUGUUUGGUGACAAUAUUCCUCUUCCUCAUAUAUAUGGUGCAAGGAUUAAAGGCGUGGAGGUCUUUUGUCCUCUAGAACCUCCUCCACCUUAUGAAGCUGUUGCAUCACAACCAGCAUCUCAGGCCCAAAGUACUGAGGUGCAAAUGACUGAUCUGACUGAGGUCAUCACAGAAAGCGCAGAGAUGGAGACGCACAACGAUGACAGGUGCCAUCAGAUGGCCACAUUGAGCCCCACUCCACCUACUCGGUCUACACAGACUUACACUGCAGUCUUGUCCAGCAGAAAUUCUCACAGACAACACCUCCGCCGGUCCAACAGUGACCCUGUCCUGUUGGAUCUCACCGCCAAGGUAAUGAGUUGUGAAGCAGCCACACAGACAGAGUUAGGCCCUGGUCCAGCUUCUGCCACACGAUCACUGACUGGAACAGAGAAUGGGUCUGUCACACUACGACAGGGCUGUGGUAAGCGAAAGCCUCGCCCCAACUCUUUGGUGGACUACCAGAGCUACAGAGACACGAAACUCCUUGUGGCUCGUUUUCUGGAGCAGUCGUCCUGCAGCCUGACACCAGAGGUACAGGAGCUGGUCAACAGCAUUAAAACUGUCCUGCGAUCAGAUGAGGAACACAUGGAGGAGGCCGUUCGCUGUGCCAGCUUCAUUGACCAGGCCAUCACUGUUUCAGAGGUGUCAUCGGCUCAGUCCUCUCUCUGCAGGCAGACACAGAUGGAGCUCUCCUCAAAGACGCUGCCACUACGCAAACGUCCCGGCAUCCUUCACCUGCGCAGCUGUGGGGACCUCAGCUCCUUCACCUGGGUGCAGACUAGCUCUCGUUUGCGGACUCACUCCAGGAUGGCUUCUCGGGCAGGAUCCCGCCUGGAGCAGGAGCGGCCACACAGCCUUAUAGGAGUCUUCAGAGAAACCGUCCUCUAACAGACUGCAUACGAGUGCAAACUGAGGAGGUAGACUGUGAAGGGUAGCUAAUACUUACACAUGACAGACGCCAAGCCAAGAGUUCAGAUUUCACUUUAUUUUUAAAAUGGCUUUUUUUUUUAUUUGCUGUUUCAAUUCCAGCUGUUGGGAUUUGCUAUAGAUUUUUUUCAGUGUCCAAAACACUGGAAUAAUUAAAAACAAACAAAAAAGUAUUUAACAGAUUUUCAUGUUCCUUGUUUAAAAUUGAUUUAAUUUGAAACUAUUUGAUUUAAUUGACCAAAAAUACAACAUGAAUAAAAACUGUUUAAAAAUGUAUAUUCAAAUCCAUAUAUAUUUUUGUUUGAUUAUUGAAUAUGUGAAAUUGUUCAUUGUUGCGUAAUAAGCUUAUUAUGAGGGACGUGGAGGAAGAAUCUGAAACAUUUUAUUUGACCAAUCUGAGGACUAUAAAUAUUUCUCCCAGUAUGUUCCUCAGAAAUAUAUCAUGCAUUAUUACAAAAAUUGAGGGAAGUCUAU